CCUGCGCACGCGGAAGUGUACGUGCGUUGCGCGGUUCUCGUCUCGAGGCUGAGCUGCGCGAGAGCGGUGUUUGUUUUUGUUGUUAUUGGGCCGAAUCGGUCCGUGCAUCACUAACACGGGCCGAGACGGAGUUAGAGAGACCCCCAGCGCGUGGACAGGGGGGCACAGAGCAGAGAAAAGGCGGGAAAGGGAGCUGUAGGUGUGGUCCGCGUGCCUUGUUGUUGCCCUGAGCGCGAGACCUGUGAAGUAGGGCUGAAGGGUUGCUGGGUCAGAGCAGCAGAACCUCUCAGGAUGAACCCCGCCGCGAGGGCCGAGCCUGUGGAAGACGUGGAGGGUGACGCGCGCUGGUUGUCACAGCAUAACCGUUUCGUGCAGGAGUGUAAAGAUGCUGAGCCGGACGUGCUGUUUGUUGGAGACUCAAUGAUGCAGCUGAUGCAGCAGCAGGAGGUGUGGAAAGAGCUGUUCUCGCCUCUGCAUGUGUUGAAUUUUGGCAUUUCGGGUGACACCACCUGCAACGUUCUCUGGAGACUGCAGAAUGGAGAACUUCACAACAUCAGACCCAAGGUGGUGGUGGUGUGGGUUGGCACCAAUAAUUACCAGCACACAGCGGAGCAGGUGGCAGGAGGUGUGAUGGAGAUCGUCCAGCUGCUGGUCAAUCAGCUGCAGCACACCAAGGUCAUCCUGAUGGGUCUCCUGCCCCGUGGUGAGAAGCCAAAUCUUCUCCGUCAGAAGAAUGCAGAGGUGAACCGUCUCCUCCAGGCGUCUGUGUCGAGGCUCAAACCGGUCCAGUUCCUGGACCUCAGCUUGGGCUUCGUCCACUCGGACGGAACCAUCCUCUCCCGGGACAUGUUCGACUACCUGCACCUCACGGCCUCGGGGUACCGGAGAGUGGCCAAGACGCUGCACGAGCUGCUGCUGCAGAUCCUGGAGGAGACCCCUGAGGAGAAACAGACCCCUUUACCUUAAAAGAGACAGAAAGACAGACAGAGAGAGAGAGAGAGAGGGGGGGGGCUAGUAUGAAUGUAUGAAUGUGAAAACACACAUUAAAGGACAACUUCAGAGCUUUUCAAAUUCAUCUCGAUCUGCUGCAUCUGUAGCGCCUCAACACUCACCUCUGAGAAUUAUUUCGAUAUGUUGCCCUGAUUUUGAGAAAUAGCGGAAAACUCGACAACUCGAAUCGUGCUUAGAAUGGAAGUCAAUGGGCAGACGCAGAAUUUCGUGAAAUAAACAUUUGAAUUAAUGCAAAUUCAAAAGUUAAUACAAUAUAACAUAAUUAGAUUAAAACAGGCUGUUAUGAAGUUUUAAAUCACUGGAGUAACCAUAACCUGGUAACCAUAGCGACCAGGCAGAGUCUGUGAAAACUGCACACCGCUUUGGUGGUAAUGAGCAAGCACAGAUUUCUGGCCAUAAUUUAGUAAGGCGUGAUCUCGUUCCCAUGCCUUACAAAGUCAUAGCCAUGACUUCAUUAUCUCAUUCCCAUGUCUUAAUGUAUUAAUGUUAGUAUUAACCAUUAAUCAACCAUAUUAACCAUUUAAUUAGGCAACAUUUUGAAAAUAAUGGUGGAAUUCCCCAUCGACAUGUAAAACAUCCUUUGAAAAUGAAUGAAGUUGUUCCUAUAAAUGUUCACUGAUGGACAUCAGCAGCUGCCCAUUGUCCUCUGUUCUAGCUGAGUGUCAGGUCUGCUCUGUUUUAAAUAUCGGAAAACGCUCUGACGUCAUCGUUCGUGGUAAUCGACGGUGUCAUAGAGAUGCAGCAGAUAGAGGACACAUUAAAAAACGCUGGAGUGUUCGUUUAACCAAAGAUAGAGGACCAAAACGGAAGAAACACUGACGCAGUGGAGAGACAGAUGCUUUAAUAGACUGUAAACUGCAUAGAGAAACACAGUGAAGCAGCCAGGCUGUGUUCCAAUUCGCUAUUUGGCACCUUACAUAGUUCACUACAUCAAGCGCCCUCAAAUGCUCAGAGCCUUUGUAGCGGAGCUGCAUGAAGCUCCAGUCACAUUCCCGCACAGCACCUUCUCUACAUUCAUGUGAGGGAGUUUUAUUAGCCGAGAGCACCUCUAGUGGUGGAUGAGAGGAACUGCAAUAGUGUCAGCACUCAAGCUGACAGCAGUUCUCUCUCUCUCUCUCUCGCUCUCUCUCGCUCUCUCUCUCUGUGUUCUCUGUAAUCAAUAUCACAUAAACGUGGAUCUUCCUUUAUAGUGCUGAUGGCACCAAAGAUGAAGUGGGGGAAGCUGUUAAAAUUGGAGUCGACUGGCUCUCGAAGAGAGAUUUCUUUUAAAAAAAUCGAAUUCACAGUUUCCCUCUUAUUCCCUCAGUGUGGUAGAAGAGUCGAGACACGUUUGCUGCUUCUAUUAGAAGUGUAGCACGUAGGGAUGAAGUUUCAGCUGCUGUAAAAUGGCCAAACAUAGAGUCGUGUCACUGCUGGUGGAACAAGAUAUUAUAUCUCCAGAAUGGUAACUUUACAGGAGAAGGAAAAAACCUACUUUACUUUUAAUGUAAGUCAAUGGAACCAGACGUUUUUCCAAGUCAUUUUGGGCCAUGUCUGUUGGUCCAUCCAUCAUGAAAUUUACCACCAGUAUAAAGAGCAGCAGGCAUUUUCAGAUUAUGUCAAAAAACGAAAAACGAUGAAAAAUUGAGAUUAAAGGUUUUGUUCAGAUAACAGUAUACAGUAACAAAGGGUGUAAAUCGAAGACUUUAUCAUGCCACACUCUUUAAAGUGGACUGGAAAAUUUUAAGCUGGUAAGCUUAAAGGCUAAGAGGCUAGAGCUGCUCUUCUCAGACUGAGGGUCGGGUAGAUGAACGACAAAAAUCAGCUCUGAAACUUUCCCGGGUUCUACGAUUCGUUGGAAAUCGUUAUAUCAUAUAACAUAAAACUUAGGAUGUAAAAUAUGAAGGAAUUUAUUGACCGACUGUUCUGUGUUGUUGAGGAUGUUGGUCUAGCAAUACAUUAGUAACCGACCAUCGCAAUGGCCUAGCAACACCUUAGCAACCACCUGGAAUAGCAUAGCGAUGGCCUAGCGACACCUUAGCAACCACCUGGGAUAGCAGAGCAAUGGCCUAGCGACACCUUAGCAGCCGUCUAGCGUAUUGUAACAAUAGCCUAUCAACACCUGAGCAAUCACACCUGGGAUAACAUAGCAGAUGCCUAGCAACACUUUAGCAACCACCUGGACUAACACAGCAUUGGCCUAGUAACACCUUAGCAAUGACCUGGGAUAGCAUAUCAAUGGUAAUGCCUUAGCACCCACUUGAGAUAACAUGGCAGCAGCUUAGCAUCAACCUAGUAACCACCUGAGGUACUGUAGCAAUGGCCCAGCAAUGCCUUAGGAACCACUUGGGAUAAUAUAGCAGCAGCUUCGCAAUGCUCUAACAGCCACCUGAGACACUAUAGUGGUGGUAUAGCGACACAAUUUAGCAACCACCUGGGAUAACUUAGCAAUGGCCUAGCGACACCUUACCAAGCAUCUGGGGUACUGUAACAAUGGCCUAGCGACACCUUAGCAACCACCUGGGAUAACAUGGCAAUGGCCUAGUGACACCUUAGAAACUACUUGGGAUAACAUAACAAUAGCAUAGCAACACCUUACCAACCACUUAGGGUACUGUAACAAUGGCCUAGCAACACCUUAGCAACCACCUGGGAUAACAUGGCAAUGGCAUAGUGACACCUUAGCAAUUACUUGGGAUAACAUAGCAAUGGCCUAGCGACACCUUACCAAGCAUCUGGGGUACUGUAACAAUGGCCUAGCAACACCUUAGCAACCACCUGGGAUAACAUGGCAAUGGCCUAGUGACACCUUAGCAAUUACUUGGGAUAACAUAGCAAUGGCCUAGCGACACCAUACCAAGCAUCUGGGGUACUGUAACAAUGGCCUAGCGACACCAUAGUAACCACACCUGGGAUAACAGCAUUGGCCUAGCAACACCUUAGCAACCACCUGGGAUUUUACAGUAAUAGCUUUGUGAAGCCUUAAAGUACGUUAACGUUCCCGUUCUGGUUAUUUACCAUCAGGUUUUUUUUGGCCUAGUGAUGCUAAAAAUGCUACUAAGUCAUUUGUUAGUUACAUUAGCCUCACAGCUUCAGCGCAAAACUACACACACCAGACACGCCUCGGCCCGUCGACCACACUGAGUGGGAAACUGUACGUUUGAUGUUUUUCACCAAAUUUUCAGCUGCAGCUGCUUAAUUUCGGCUCGGAUUCCCAAACUGUUUACUGCUGAAGUGUUGAAGCCUAAACUGGCUGUGCGCAGUCUCAGAUCUGUGGCAUUGUUCAUCCAUCGUAGCUGUGAAUGAUCAGAUUCUGUCUCCGUAUAAUGCAGCAUAAGCUCGCUUAUAUGGGGCCGAUUACUACAAGGAUUGAUUAUAAUCCUCAUCUCUGACGUUCAUCGCUACGUUACUGGACCCUUUUCAGCUUUAUAGUCGUAUGUUAUUAUUCUAUAACCGCUAAAUCUCUGUGUUUCUUACUUUACUUACUUGCCGAAAUGUAUCAAGUGCUUGUAAACCAGUAAACUUGGUUGGUGAGAUGGGAAAAGAGGAGUGUGAAAGGAGUGUGUCCAGUGUUUUUCAAGCUAAACGUGCCUGUUCAAAACUCCUUCAUAAUAUAAGCCAAUGGGCAGUCGCUCCCCACUAGUUUCCAUUGCAAGUACAUUUUGCGUCAACUGGUUUUCUUUUAGUUCCUGAGAUCGGGAACCUUGCUGAACUUUGUAGUAACCGAUCAUACGUGACCGAUGCAACAGAUUAGGUUGACAAAUGUUGGAGCAGCCCUUUAAAUCUCACUUACACUAGCAGCUGCCCAUUGACUUCUAUUAUAACUAUGUUGAUUGAACAUGUUUUCAUUUAUUUUGUAAGUGCAAAGAAACAUUUUACAACAAUUUUCUGUGGUGAUCAACCACAUUCUACAGAUACAACAAAUAGAGAUUAGGUUAAACAUUUUUGGAGUACCCCUUUAUAACUUUAUAAUAGAAGCCAGUGGGCAGUUCAGUUGCUACCCAUUGGGUUCUAUUGUAGCUCAGUUUGGAGUCAGCAGGUUUUUAUUUAUUUUAAAAGUACUGAGAAACUUGUUAAACGUAUUCUCUGUGGUAACUGGUCCUAUAUUAUAGAUAACAGAUGACGAUUAGGUUGAAAAAUGUUGGAAUACUCCUUUAAAACUCGUUUAUAAUGGAAGCCAAUGGGCAGUUGCUACACACUAGUUUCUAUUGUAAGUACAUUUUGCGUCAAUGUUUUUUCUUUUAGUUUCUCAGAACAGGGAAACUUAUUGAACUUUUUGUUUGUAGUUAUCGAUCAUACGUGACUGAUGCAUCACAUAAAGAUUAGGUUGUAAAAUGUUGGAGCAGCCCUUUAAAGCACACUUAUACUAGCAUCUGCCCAUUGACUUCUAUUAUAAUUCUGUUUUGAUUCAACAUGUUUUCAUUUAUUUUCUCAGUACUGCUAAACAUUUUAAAUUUCUCUGUGGUAAUUGAUCCUAUAUUAUAGAUACAACAGAUAAUGAUUAGGUUGAAAAAUGUUGAAGUACCCCUUUAAAACUUUAUAAUAGAAGCCAAUGGGCAGUUGCUACCCAUUGGGUUCUAUUGCAGCUGAGUUUUGAGUCAGCAGGUUAUUAUUUAUUUUAAAAGUACUGAGAAACUUGUUCAACUUCUUCUCUGGUAACUGGUCCUAUAUGAUAGAUACAAAAAGAUAACGAUUUGGUUGAAAAAUGUUGGAGUACCCCUUUAAAACUUGUUUAGAAUAGAAGACAAUGGGCAGUUGCUCCCCACUGGAUUCUAUUGUGAGUGAAUUUUGAGUUACCAGGUUUUCUUUUAGUAUCUAAGUAUAGGGUAAGUUGUUCAACCUAUUCUUUGUGGUAAAUGAUCCUGUGCUAUAGAUGAACAAAUGAAGAUCAGGUUGGAAAAUGUUGGAGUUGCUCCUUAAAAUUGGGUUAGAAUAGAAGUCAAUGGGCAGUUGCUCCCCAUUGGAUUCUAUUAUAAGCGAGUUUUAAAGGGCUAAUCCUGAGCUGAUGUCAGAGUUUUCCUUUAAGUCACAGUAGCCUUAAUGAGUCAUUCAAUACAUAAUUAAGCCAUUUAAGGUAAAAAGUAACUUUGUCUUCUUUGAACUUUAUCUUAACAAGCAAAAACCUGAAUGCUAGAUACUGCAUUACCGCACAGCUCGAAUGUGCUGAUGUUACACUUUCUUUAAUGUGUCCUCGUGUCUUAGCGGACGUUCUGCGUCACCUGGGAGCGGGUGCGGCUGUGAAGUGCUGCUAGCUGCGCUCUGGUUGGGUGUUGCAGAGGUUUUAUUGUGAUCUGUUUGGCUUAAUGUGCCUGUAUAAUGUGUUUGCCUGUGUGCGUCUGUGGAUACUGGCUGAAUGUUUACUCAAAGAGCGUGGUCAGCUGUCGACCAGGAUGUUUAGCCACACUCGCCUCGGAAGCUUUUUAAAUAAAGGAUGGUGGAGUUCA